CAUGGACCUGCAUAUCCUGGAGCACCGCGUGCGGGUGCUGAGCGUGGCGCGCCGCGGCCUCUGGCUCUACACGCACCCCCUCGUCAAGCUGCUCUUCCUGCCCCAGCGCUGCAGGUGCAAGUUCUUCAGCCUCACGGAGACCCCCGAGGACUACACCAUCAUGCUGGACGAGGAAGGCUUCAAAGAGCUGCCGCCCUCGGAGUUCAUGCAGGUGGCGGACUCGACGUGGCUGGUGCUCGCCGUCGUGUCAAAUGGCAGGGCCUCCUCCGGCUGCCAGGCCACCGGUGUCACCAAGAUUGCCAAGUCGGUGAUUGCUCCGCUGGCCGAGCACCACGUCUCAGUGCUGAUGCUCUCCACCUACCAGACGGACUUUGUCCUGGUCCGGGAGAAGGACCUGCCGGUGGUGAUCCACACGCUGGCGGGUGAAUUUGACAUCUACAAGGAGGAGAAUGGCGAGUCUGUCCCCGUCGACCGCGAUGAUGUGAGCAAUGGCUUCCUCAAAGCGAAGCCAGCCGCCAGCCCCACAGUGCACCCUGUGCAGAGCCCCCAGAACCGCUUCUGCAUCGUGACUGUGGCGCCCGACACGCUGCCCGCCAUCGCCACCGUGCUCAUCGACGUCCUCUUCUACUCCCACAGCCCCCCGAAGGAGGCUGGCCCUGGCAGCCAGGACCUGGACACCUUCACCUUCUUCGCCUUCUCCCUGAUCGAGGGCUACAUCUCGAUCGUGAUGGAUGCGGAAACCCAGAAGAGGUUCCCCAGUGACCUCCUGCUGACCAGCUCCACGGAGGAGCUCUGGCGCAUGGUGCGCAUCGGCGGGCAGCCCUUGGGCUUCGACGAGUGUGGCAUUGUGGCACAGAUUGCUGAGCCGCUGGCCACCGUGGACAUCUCUGCCUACUACAUCAGCACCUUCAACUUCGAUCACGCCUUGGUCCCUGAGGAGGGCAUCACCGAGGUCAUCGAGCUGCUCCAGCGGCGCCAGGAGAGCAGGAGUUAG